AAAUGUCUACAGUUUCAGCUGGAGCAGACAGUCUGGCAAGCCAAGCAGCGGAUCCUGACCGCUUUUGCAAAGGAUCUUAAAGAUGCCUUAAACUAUGGCCUCUUUCUGCCUCCUGCCAAUGGGAGGGCAGGAAAGUUCAUGGAAGAGCAGAGAACUCUCAGUGAAUACCCGAUACAAGGACCAAUUGGUUUCCUGGAGUUCAAGUACAAGAGCCGCAUCUACAAAUUGAUGCAGGUUAGCGAGAGGAAGCUGAAACAGAUGCACUCCAAGGCCAAAUUAAAAGUAUUCCUUGAGUUUGUACGAGCUGGUAACACAAGCAAACUAACCAAAUUAACCCUGAAGGGGCUUGAUCCUAACUUUCAUGAUCUGGAUAAUGGAGAAACUCCACUGACAACGGCAGUGACCUUGGGCAAGUCAAAAGUCCGGGAAAUUAUCAUGACUCUGAUCAGUGGGGGAGCUCACCUGGAUUUCAGGAACAAGCAAGGUCUCACUGCCCUUCACCGGGCAGCCAUUGUUGGCAACACUGAAGCUAUCAGGACUUUACUGGACUUGGGUGCUUCACCAGACAGCAGAGACUCCAAGGAACUGACUCCCCUCUACUACAGCGUGUCCAAUGAUGACUCACACCAGGAGUGCACCUACUUACUGCUACAUGAGAGAGCCAGUGUUGGUGUCUGUGAUGAGCAAGGCUGGUAUGAGAUUCACCAGGCCUGCAAGUACGGCCGUGUGCAACAUCUGGAGCAUCUGCUGUUUUAUGGAGCAGAGAUGGAUGUGAGAAACUCAUGUGGAAACACUCCACUUCAUGUCUGUGCUCUCAGCAAUCAGGAGGCCUGUGCCCGGGUGUUGCUGUUCCGUGGAGCCGACCCAGCCGUACUCAACUACAACAACCAAACAGCUGAUCAGGCUGCAGCCAUGGCUGGCAACUCUCACAUUGCCAAAAUGAUAACUUCACACAAUGCUGAUGAUGUGGUGCCUUACAAAGAAUUUCCCCAGUUCAGUGACCGGAGGAAGGGAGCAUCCCUCACUCCAUCUCUCCGUGUCUUAAUGAGAAGUCGCAGUGAUCCGAGGAUUAAUCUGGCUGGAUUAGAUAGCUACUCUGCAUCCUCAUCACCCCGUGGACUUCAGAACCGACGCCAGAAUGGUCGUGCUGGGAUGAUGGACUGGGACUCUGCGUGCUCUCUCAGUGUUUCCAGUUCUGGCUCAAUGACCAACACACCUGAUCAAGUCUAUGAUGGCAGCUACAUGUCACAAUCUAACAUGCGCAAAGCUGGAUCCAUGGAUCAGUUGGAUAGUAUGUCAAGGGUAGCCAAUCGCUUGAAUACUCUGCGAACAUUAAGCAGAGUGGAGAGAACACACAAGCCACGAGUUGUGUUACUACAUCGAAGUGCUGAAGGAUAUGGAUUUGUUCUUCGUGGUGCCAAAUCUAAACUGAACACAAGUGGAGGUUUCAGCGACUUCACCCCAAGUGCUGAAUUCCCAGCCCUGCAGUAUCUGGACAGUGUGGACCCAGGGUCUCAGGCUGACAGGGUGGGACUUCGAAGCGGUGACUUCAUCAUAGAGAUCAAUGGAGAAAACGUUGUGAAAGCAUCACAUGAACAUGUGGUGCACCUGAUCCGAUCCUCCAGCGAUGUCCUGGCUCUUAAAGUGGUCACUGUCACCCAUAAUGACAACAUCCCAGCUGAUUGGUUCAUGCACCCAGAUAGUGGUGCCAUGACCCUGCCAACUCGCAAGAAGCAAGCUGCCCCAUUGCCCCCACAGAGGGACCCCAGAACCUCUCUGUCUUACAGUAAGGCAAGUUCAAGGUCUAUGGCAGAGGGUCUAGCUGAAAUAGAAAAACUUGAUGCAGCCAUUGCACAAUUUGACGGUGAAGAUACCUUACGCUGCCAUUCUCUCCACUCAACACAGUCAGCAGAUGACCCCAAGAUAGCCUCUGUAAGGGCAUCACACACCCUCAAGCGGGUCUCGGUUCUCGAGUAUGAGCACUUUGUUUCAGGACAGCCAGGAGCCUUUGACAACCAGAAUGGCAAAGGAAACAAAGAACACAUGGGCCCUGCAGAAUCUAGGAUUAAGAAACUCAAUAAAAAGUCAUCACCUCAGUCAAUGGAACGAUCUAGAAGUACUCCAGAUAUUCUUGUAGCAGUUGAACAAGAUCUCAGCAGCAGUUCCAGCAGCUCCAAUUCAUGGUUGAAGAGUCAAGCACCACAACAUGCUUACAGUUCUCAAACCCUACAGCCAUCACAGACACGGGAUGCUCUAGGCUACCUGGGGUCAGCUUCGUCUGGUGUAUAUAUAAAAAAGAACAGUGCACCGAACACGCCAGAUCUGCCACGCAGAAGACCAGUUAACCAGACAUCAACACUUUCCAGCCAUGAAAUUGUUCAGAUUCAUACAGGAAAUAGAAACUCAACAUAUGCUAAUGUGUCUGCAGAAAUCGAAAAUCGUAAACAACAGGAUGCACAUUACGAAUCCAGUUUUAGGCCGGGGAUUGAUGCUAAACUUGUCAAUACUCCAAAAGGGACAGUUCUCAGCUCUGACCAAACUGCUCUUAAAAGUAAAAACACUUCACAUCAAGUUAAUGACAAAAACAUUUCAUUUGCUGAUGAAAAAGUUAUGGAGAAUACAUACACAUUUUUGCAGAAAUACCCAAAUGCUACAGUGUUGAUUACUGGAGAUACACACACAGAAAAACCUGGUCAGGUUCAGGGCAGAGAGCACUAUGAACCUGAACCAGACUACAAUGACAGUGAUGAUGAUAAAGCUAGCAGCAGUGCUUCAAUGUAUGCAGCAAAUACAUCAGAUUAUGAUCUAGACAGAAGCAGACAGAAUAUGUCAACAGUAACUGUCAUUUCCAUCAUCGGUGAUACAAACAAAGAGCCAGCUACAGGGUCCAGUUCCCACACCUCUCCCCGCUCAACACACAGUGCAAAGUCCUCACCUCUCUCUAUUCAUCUCCAUGAAAAUAAAACCUUGCCUUCCCCAUCUCUGAGUCUAUCUAGUUCCCGAAGGUCAUCAGGUGUUGUCAUGGCAACACCUUCUGUACUCUCCAGUGCAGACAGUUCUAGAAGAUCUUCCAUUCAGUCUAACUUAAGCGGUGACAUCAGCGAUAGGAACGGCAAGAGCAACACACUUUCUUCCAUUUCCACCGGUUACACCAGCAAGUCAGAGGACAGCUCUGGCUAUGGUCAGUCUAAUAUGUCAACCCCACCACCCCCGCCUGGUCCUCCACCACCACCACCACCACCACCAGGUCCUCCCCCACCCAAAGGUCCUUCCCUCUCAACAGGUCCACCUCCCCCUCCUCCUCCACCCUUGCCAGCCAUAACUGGAGUAUCCUCAUCUGAGGAAGAUGGCAUCAGUUCCACACUCAGGCGAAGAACCAACAUUGUCAACUCUGCAUCUGUGCUUCCAAACCGAAUAUCAAAAGAGGACUUAUUAGCAGCUGUUGCUGAGAGGCAAAAUCGACUUGAAAGUGAGGGGCCAAGAUUGUCAGAAGUGAAAACAUCACAAUCAAAUAAAUCAACACUUGACCUGAACCAAGAAGUUCUGAAGGCUGCAGUGGCCAAACGAAAGACCCGCUUGGAAAAUCCAGAUGAUAAAUCAUUUGUCAGUGAGAUUGAAGCUCGACUCAACCGUAACAAGAAACUCCAGGCAGUGAAGUACUUUGGUAGUCAUAGUAGCCAAAGUCCAGACAGAGGGGAAGAUACAGCCAAAUUCACAGAACAAGUUACAUUCCUCGGAUCACAGAAGACAGAAGAUCAUACCAAUGAUAGUUUGGUGAAGCCAAAUGAUACAGUCAGUCAGACAGAACCUAGGAAUGAAAACACAGAGGUGGCAGUUACACCUUGGAAAUUAUCAGACCAAUCUAAGAAUCUAGCCAGCAAAGCAAAUGUGCCCAGCCUAGCAGGAAGUGAUGGAAGUGUUAAUUUCAGAGCCCAUCUGAAGCCUGUUGUUGGGAAAUCUCUAGGAUCGUCACAAAGUGAGAAUUUCACAAAUGUCUCAUCUUCAUCAGAGACAACUGGGACGGAUGUCACCAAAGUAAAUAGUAACAAACCUCCUGCUCUGCCACCACCUAAGGUAGCAGCAUCUUUGUCAGCAACCUCUGCCACUAAACCACCACCAUCCACAGACUCAGCCUCAAAACCUGGUCUUCAUGUGCCUGGAGACAGGUUGUCUCAUAUUUCCACUCCUGUAUCACCAACUGCUGCCUCAAGCCCAGUGAGUCCAUCCCUCACACCAAUUCUGUUACCUUCAGAUUAUGUUUCUCUGGCAGAAAAAGCUCGCCAGGAAUACCUGAAGAAAAAAUCUUCUGGUAACCUUCAACCAAAUGUUGAGAAGAAAGGACCAGUUGAAAUAACACCAAGUAGGAAAACUGGCCACAGUGUGCAACCCAAGUCCUCUGAGUUGGCAACAAAUGCUCAGAGUAUGUCUGUGACCAAGCCAUCUCACCUCCCCAGUGACAAUACAUUGCCAGAACAGAGGAAUAAAGAGAACCAGCAGAUGUCAGUUCUUGAAAGAAUCAACAAUCUGCAACCUGGAAAGAAGAUGGCAAAUGGAAUAGCUAGUGUAACUGGAGUUACAGAAGACCACUCACACACUGAACAAUCUUUGAGUAAUGGAACUAUUAAACUCUUUAAAUUACACAGCAAGCAGGCACCUCCACCUCCAUCGAAGGCAACACCACCUCCCCCUUCAUUGAAGGCAACACCACCUCCACCAGCAUUUAGAGAUAAGAAUGGAACUUCUUCGGUGCCCAAAAGUGUUAACCCACAAGUGAAACCACACAGCCUGCCCUCUAGUGGUGGAAAUGAUCAGCCAUCAUCACAACAAAGAAUCAGUGAUACCUCUUUACCUCCUCCACCACCUCCAGAUGAUUUCAACGACUCCUCAUUAGAUGACCAGGAUGCAUUUAUUCCGCCUCCACCUGAGUUUCUUGAAAUAAACACUAAUGUCAAAGAGAACAAAACCACAGACAAAAACUUCAAGCUUUUUGCAGCCAAACCAAUCUCCAUCUGGUCAUGCACUGAUGUCCAAGACUGGCUGGACAGCUUAGGCCUUCCCCAGUACAGAACCAAUUUUGCCAGAGCCCAAGUCGAUGGGACCAAGCUGGUGGACAUGGGCAGAAAUGAUUUUCUGAACCUGGGAGUCAGCCAGGAUGGACAUUGUACAAAUCUUGAGCAGAUGGUGAAGAAACUUAAUCUGGGAGCUACAACAAAUUUGUAG